AUGGUUUAUGCGAUUCGAAAAUCUACUGAAUGCACUCGAUAUAAAAGACAAGAAAAAAAACGAGCGUUAUUAUUAUACUAUAUCGGUGAAAGUACUUUAAAUAUCUUUGAAACACUGCCAGAGACAGGCACAAAAGACGACUAUGACAAAGCGUAUCAAGCAUUAAAUGACUACUUUAAACCUCACAAGAAUACAUGGUUUGAAAUAUUCAAGUUUAGGAAAACAAACCAACUUGUUGACGAAACUCUCGAUCAGUCACCAUGUACGACUCGUCCAGAAAGCUAAGUACUGUGAAUUAUCAAACUUAGAUACUGAGAUAAAAGCUCAAAUUGAGCUAGGGAUCAAUUCUAAACAACUUCGAUGAUAUUCUUUCCGUAAACCAAAACUGACUUUGGCUGAACUCUUAGACUAUGGACGGACACUUGAAACUGUUGAAGAGGAUGCGAGCGGAAUUGAGCAAAAUAUGAAUGAAACACUCAUGAAAGAUAUCCACGCCAUACGUUCAAGCUUGCGGCGUGCAGUUUGAAAACGUACGUUUUACGUUUGAAAACGUACGUUUUACCUUUGAAAACGUACGUUUUACCUUUGAAAACGUACGUUUUAUGUUUCAAAACGUACGUUUGGCGUUUCAAAACGUACGUUUUGCCACGCCUCAUGUCAUGUUUGGGCAAUGAAACUGACAUGUUUUGGCGCUUCGAAUGGGCAUGUUUCAUUACCAGAAAUAUGGGACAUUUUGCUCCCGCUUUUAUAGUCAGCGGCUAAGUCCGUUUUAUAUGCCCAACAUUGCCUAAUAUAAGUAAAACGACUUCGCAUUUUACUUUGUAUCUCCAGUUAAAUUAUUAUUCAACCAAAAACUGUGAUUUUAAACUAUAUUUUGCAGUUUUUACCGAUCACUUCCGGUAUUUUAACCUUUAACCCCGAAAAUUUUUAUCAAGACUAAAAAUAUUGCAAAUAUCCUAAAAAAUCCUAAAAUAUCCCUGUGUUUUUACGUGAGAGCCUGGGAUCUAGUCUUUCAAAAUAAACAACAAACAUAGCAGCUCGAAACAGCUCAAAUUUGUAUUAAAACUUGUCGUUUUCGGAUAUUAAGAUGGCCUAAUGGCGACAUACAAGAACCGUAAAAUGGCGAACUUUCAAACGUUUCGGGAACUAGUUUCCUUGGAAAUUACAGCGGAUUUAUUUCGCUAAAUUAACAGUUUGGAUAUCAUUGAAUAUAUCGCGAGCUCCGCACUUUGCAUCGUCCGAAUGGAUGUUGGUCUAUUCGUGGGAUAUUUACCUCUUGCGUCACAAGUUUACUAUAAAUUACACAAUGAAAUUCAUCGAAUUGCGUGUAAAAAUACAACAUUCUCAGGAACUUGCUAGACGCGGUGCAAUACUAGCGAUUUUUGUUUAGAAAUAUUGCUUGUUCGUGUCGCUACUAUAAUCGAGCUCCCCAACCAUGAAAUAUUUAAACAAAGUAUAUUAAAAUUUGAUAUUUUGAUCAACUCCCAUCAUCUUGGUCGUCACUUUCAUUGUCUAGGUCUAUAAUGAUGCGAUCUUCCUCGUCAUUACUAUCGUCAUUAUCACAACCCAUAAAGUUGCUAACCAGACAAGAUUUUGCCGCGCUUGUCGUUGGAUGGCGUAAUUCUGAAUCUGACCUUGAUACCGAUGUUGAUGUUGAUGUUGAUGUUGACUGUAGCGGUCUUCGACGUGAAUCAGGUACUUCACCGGCUUUAGCUUUCACACUUGGUGAAGAGCACUCGAAUAUUCUUACUUUCAGGCGAUUAAUGUCUGUCCCUGCCCCUGGAAUACAUUUUACCCCAGAAAUCGCGAUUUUGAAACAUAGGGGAUCAUUAUUCAUCACCACGAACUCUUUCUCGUCAUUUUCGUAUAACAAUCCGAAUGUCAGUUCCCUUGUUUUAGGAAUUUAUCGUCUUAUAGCUUGGGUUAAAUCGUUGUAUGUUCUUAGCGAAGUCAUGAAAAAAACACGUCGUGUUUCUCCCUACUGA